AGCUACGAUGAGUUGUCCUUAAAAAUGUCGAUGAGAGGCUGGCCAUAUCUUAUUUUAGUACCUAUUAUCAUUUCUCUCAGUUUUGCUUCUUUGAUGCCCGACAAUGUGGAAUUUGGAGAUUCAGAGAUUUCAAAAGAUUCUCUCUCUGCGCUACGACAAAUGCUGAUCCAAAAUAUGCUACGUCCAAAAGAUUUUGAUGAUUCACUUGUACGCAUCAGAGAAGCUGGACCAAAGCGCGCACAUGCUCGCAGAUUCGAUCAAUUGCCUCCGGGGUUUGUCGGAGUUCGAGGCAAAAAGUCAGAAAAAAGUAAAAUUAAAGAGCCUGUUCCCGGAUUUUUGGGUGUUCGUGGAAAAAAAUCUCAUCAAUCAUCAUAUUUAAGCAAUGAAGAAAUACGAAGCCAAUUCAACAACCGUCGAGACAAUGCUGUAAAUAAAUGUAUUCAAAAUGAACUGGCCAAAGUUCAGGCAUUAGAAUAAAUAUUUUACAAGGGACAUGGAGUUCUUAAAAAAAUGAUUAAUAUGAAGUUUCAUUGAAACAUGCUAAAUAAAGGAAUUUUUAUGUUUUA